AGGUUUGAAGAUUCUGUGCCACUCUGGUGCCACUACGUUCGGAGUAAACUUAACAUUUGGUUUUGUUCUUCUUUUACAGCUUCAGUGCAUUAUCUAUGUAUUUACUGAAGAAAGGCUCCUAAACACUCAAAAGUGUACAAACACGAUGAGUGUUUGUUAGUUGUUGAAAUCAAAAGUGAAAGCUGGUGGUGCGUUUAGGUUCAGAGUUAUAUUACAGGUAUAGUAAUUUCUUUAUGGUCAAAAGUUGCCUGUACAACUCGAAGUUCACGAGACCACAGAGACGACCUUCCAUGACGAUGAUUGAAGUUAUUUUAAUUGGAAGCUUCCUCGCGUGCGUUGGAGCUGAAGGUGGUGCAGAUCUGGUACUGUCCUGCAACUUAGUGGAGGAGGGGGUUGGUAUGGGGGGAAUGGGUGGUGGUGCACUCUUCACAAGGACUCCAGCCACUCUUGUCUUGAGGGACGUCACAAUGGCUCCAGAGGAAUCACUGGAAACACUCACCUCGUUCGUCCCGCCUUCAGUCCCUGAUCCCGAUGCCAUCCUGUUAGAAGCCAAAGUGUCAUCACCUGAGAUCCCAAACGCAGACGUCUUGCUCCAUGCAGACUGCAAUGAACAGGAAGUCAUGUGUGAAAUAAGUCUCUACUCACCUCAUGGAUCUGAAGAGAGUUCAGAUCCAGCUUAUUUCAUGGUGUCCCUAAGUGUGGAGGGAGUUGAGUUCAGUACUGCUCUGAUUCUGAAGACUCUGGCGGUGCAGACAGACCAGUCAACCCUCAUACAAAAUAAACUGGGUCUUCCUCUGAGCCAGUCAGGAACUCUUCUGACUGAGGUGAUGUUCCUGGUCUUUUCCCCCAUUAAGACUGUAUCUGCCAGUCUGAGAGGGGAUGUUCUCUUAAACUGUGGCUUCAAGCAGCAGGAGAUCCCCUUGGGGCAGGAGGUGGGCAUUGAAUGGCGGCUGCAGCACAGAGGGAAGGGGAGACAAGUGUUUGAAAUGAAGGCGAGGCUAGAUGAUGCAGAGGGCAGUCCAGUGGUGCAUGCAGAGAGGACAGGGUCAAACAUUGACGCUGCCCUGGUUGUUAGUGAAGGAAACGCCUCUGUGACACUGACCAAACUGACAGUUUUGGAUGAGGGGACAUACAUCUGUGCUGUCAGUGUAGGACUUUUCCAUGCCCAGCAGGUCAUCCAUCUCCAUGUUAUUCAACCUCCUCAUGUGUCACUCUCAGAGGAAAAAAUUUAUUCGAAGACAACAACAAAACUGAGCUGCCACUGUGCGAAAUACCACCCACUGGAUGCUCAGAUUGAGUGGUUAUCCCACUCUCCUACAGACACAGAGCCCUCACCGUUUUUAGAUCAGGGCUCUCUGAGCAGCCAUCGGCAGCACAGUGAUGGGACGUAUUCCAUGUCGUCUCACCUCUCUGUGCCCUCUGAUAUCUCUCCUGGAACUAAAAUCAUCUGUAGGGUCUCCCACCCGGCCCUGGAGGCUCAUGUCUCUGUUAGUGUGGAGGUGGAAAGUCCGCAACCAGACUCUUAUUGGUGGUUUCUGGGUUUCCUGAUCAUCACUCUGCUGUUCUUCUACCAAUUCAUCAGAUAAGGUAGUAAGAUAUAUCCUGGUGGAUCAUCCAGACUUGAAACUGACCCUGUAAGGACUUCCUGUGUGUCAUUUGUUUGUGGGAACUUAAUAACUUAUUUUAUUAGGAAGCAAUGGCUAAUUCCUGUGACCACUCUAGGUCUCUACUGUAUCAAGGGAUGAUGGUGUGUUUACUUAGCUUUUGUCAUCUCUUAUUAAAUUUGUUGUAUUUUGAUAUAAAAGCCAUUGGCUGCUCAAAUGUGUAGAGUUACUGACUUGAGUUCAACUCAAGUCCUGAUUUUCAGGACCUGUGACUUAACUUGGACUUGGACCCGAGCAUUGACUGCAUUAGGACUCAGAAGAUAGAGAGGUGUACUCUGACUUUUAUAUCGAUAUAAACUGUUUUAAUAUUUGUUAUAUAUAUAUAUAUUUUUUUUAUUCAGUCUAGAGCAGGCAUGUC